CGUUGCAUGAAUGAAAUGGAGCAACAUAUGACUCUGAAUGUUGAAACUCAAGAGUCAUCUACAAAAAGGCUAGUUGGUAAGGUGGCAGUUAUAACUGGUGGUGCAAGAGGCAUUGGUGCUUCCACAGCAAGAUUGUUUGCAGAAAAUGGUGCACAUGUUGUGAUUGCUGAUGUGCUUGAUGAUCUGGGUGCCAUAGUAGCUGACUCUAUUGGGGGACGCUACAUACAUUGUGAUGUGUCAAAGGAAUCAGAUGUUGAAUCAGCUAUAGACCUUGCAGUUGCAUGGAAAGGCCAUCUAGAUAUAAUGCUCAACAAUGCUGGAAUUGCAGGCUCUGAAGGAAGAAGCAUCACAACCCUUGAUAUGGACCUUGUAAGGCAUUUACUUUCAAUCAACCUUCACGGAACCAUACAUGGAAUCAAACAUGCUUCAAGGGCAAUGAUCAAAGGUCAGAAAGGAGGUUCCAUCAUAUGUACUUCAAGUGCAGCAGCCAUCAUGGGUGGCUUAGCUUCACAUGCCUAUACCAUGUCAAAAGCAGCAAUGGAUGGGUUAGUUAGAAGUGCUGCUUGUGAGUUGGGAGUGCAUUUGAUUCGUGUUAACUCAAUCUCUCCACAUGGGGUUCCCUCUGAGAUGCUUCUCAGUGCUUGUAGAAGGUUUGGGAAAGUUGAUAUUACCCCUGAACAAUUGAGUGAAUAUAUUGGGAAGAGGGCAAGUUUACUUAAGGGGAGAGGUGCAACCACAGAAGAUGUGGCACAUGCUGCUCUGUUCUUGGCUAGUGAUGAAUCUGGAUUCAUAACAGCACACAAUCUUCCUGUUGAUGGGGGACACACAUCUGCUAAUAGUAACAUGAGUUUCAUUUACCAAGACCCAAAAUGA